AUGAGUCUUGAUCCUGACUACGAUGUGGAUGCCGAGGAAGGUAUCUCCUUUGGCAUCUCACUUGCGCCCAAAGGCGAGGAGGGGAAUGAAUUUCGCACGCAGAAUGAUCCGUUAGAUCCUUACCAGCGUGAGAACAUCAUUGAACGCAAAGGCGCCGUCGACAUUCGCUGCGCUAGUAUCGACAUUAUUCACGGCCUGUUUGACCCCGAAGGUGAUACUUUAUGUACUCUACUGGUACUUGAAUUUCGAUUUGACCCGAGAAAGCGAGCGCGGCGCAUCGCACAUGUCGAUAUUGAGCUGAGGUUCUCUGCCAGUGAGAAAGGCGUAGCCGACCCUCAUGUUUUUGCCAUCGCGCCCAACGGCAACUUGAGAUUUGACCAGACUACACAGACAGAGACAACAACUACUGGAGGCGACGUGACCCUCGGCGCCGGCGCAGCUGGAGUGGAGUUAGGAAGUGGUCUGAAGUAUGAGCGUGAAGUCGCAAGAGAGAUGACCUACGCUGCGGCCGUGACAGGAUCAAUCGACCUCCGCGGACGAAACUAUGGCAAGCCAAACUGUGCGUCUUGGACACUGUUGGAGAACCCUGGGACAAAAACUGGUGUACCUGUCUCUAUGCGGACAGCCAUUCUGCUCAAGCGGAGGGACGAGGGACGUUUCCAAUGCGUGGUGACUGUCAACGCCAAGGCCGACUGGAGAACGUCGAUGGAAUGGCUUGUCGGCACCACAAAACGUGAUGAUCCAGUACUACUUGACCCGACGCUGGCUCCGACGAGUGAUAGGUACAGGGACAUGGAGAUGAAGCUUGGGGAACUAGAUCUAAACGCUAUCUGUGAUAUCACCUCGGCCAACGUGAUUGAGAACUCUGUCAAGACAAAGAAGAUAGGUAGUCAGAGCUCCUGA